AUGGAAACGGUUGGACAAGAAAACAACACACAAGCUCUAUGUUUAUCAAAAAUGGCCACUGCUCUUCCUUCAACUACCUUUUGCCAAACUUCUUUUACUUUCCCUCCUCAAAAUUCAUACAAAGUUAGGAGUCCCUCUCUAAUAUUCCGUACGAAAAGUCAUGGUCUUCUUCGUUGUUCGGCCAAGAAGAAAAUAAGCAUCGUGGAUCAAAUUCUUGAUUACAUUGAAGGGGGACCCAAGUUAAGGAAAUGGUACGGGGCACCUGAUCUUCUGCCAAAAGAUGGAUCUGGCAAAGAAGAUGAAGAUGAGUUUUCAGAGGACGAUGAAGUAAGAGACGCAGUUCUAGUCACAGAUGGAGAUAGCGAAAUUGGUCAGAUGAUAAUAUUGUCAUUGAUUGUCAAAAAAGCUCGAGUUAAAGCAUUGGUGAAGGAUAAGCGGACAGCCAUGGAAGCUUUCGGAACUUAUGUUGAGUCAAUGGCAGGAGAUCCAAGUAGCAAGCCAUUCCUUAAGAAAGCCCUGAUAGGCGUUCGUGCAAUUAUCUGCCCAACUGAAGGCUUCCUGUCUGAUGUUGGGAGCUUGAAAGGUGUAAAACAUGUAAUCCUCUUGUCCCAGUUAUCUGUAUAUAGAGGCAGCGGUGGCAUACAAGCUCUAAUGAAAAACAAUGCAAAAAAAUUGGCUGAGAAAGAUGAAUCAACACUCGUGGCCACAGGAAUUCCUUACACCAUCAUUAGAGCUGGCACGUUGCAAAAUACACCAGGCGGAACACAAGGUUUUAGCUUUGAAAAGGGUAGUGCAGAGAAGGGGAGUCUCAGCAAAGAGGACGCUGCCUUCAUUUGUGUGGAAGCUCUUGAGGUAGUUCCACUAGUAGGAUUCACAUUCGAGGCGGUCAACGGAGAGGAGAAGGUUUCAGAUUGGAAAGAGUGUUUAACAAGAUUGAUGGAGAAAUCAGAACAAUAA